CACACGCAAAGCGCCCGCCCCAUCGUGCUGGCGUCGUGGGUGACAGCCCACCUCGACACACUGCCGAACAUCACCAACCGCUAUAUACCCUUUGUCCUCCCGACUCUGCGUCUAACCUUGUCAUAUUUCCAUCACGACGUGUUUCGAUUGAUCCAUCAGGAGGUUUGACUAAGUCGGGAUUUAGUAUUUCUCGUGAAGAUCGGGGUCGCACACAAUGCAACGCGGGGUUUAUAGUACGCCUGGCUCGCCUCCGCUCGUUCUGCUUCUGACCUCUUCAACCUUCGCUUCUUUGUGUUCGGCUUCUACUUUGCAAGACCUCCAGAGCAACUACUUUGAUCCGCCGCCGACCCCCGAGGACGGCCCUUCGCUCUCGUUUGGAGCCCUCCGGAAUCCAGCCUUCCUUCCCGCCCAGGUCGGCGGCAUAGUAGGAUCAUAUGCCCUUGCGCUUGUCGCAGUCGCAAUCCUCCUCCUCUCCUUAGCAAAGAAGCGUCGCGAGCAUAUCGAAGCAGGCGACGACGACCCUAAGGGCGAGCUCGCAUACAAGUUCGCCCUCCCACCGCCUGUACAGUCCGGUAUCCAGUACGGCCCUAACCCGCCUCAAUCGCCCACCAAGAACUUCUCAUACCCGACGCUGCAAUCGCCGCCUCUGAGCCCGGCAAGCUCAAACCUCUACUUUAAUCCCUCGAUCCAUUCCACCAGCACCCUUGGCAUCAACCCCCUAGUCGACCCGCGAGUCGUCGCCGCAGAUCGCGAGAUGGCGCAGCAGCAACUGGAAGAGAUGUACAGGCUCGUGAUGGAGCAGGAGGCCGCGAAGGAGGCUGGCGUUACCUUGGAGAUCCCGCCCGCGCCCAUAACCCAGCACCGGCAGUCUCACCAGUCUCAGCAAUCUCAGAAACCGGGCAUCUUGAAGAAGGGCAAGACCAAGCCGGCGAAUCUCGAUCUCGUACAGCCCGGGCAGGAGAAGUCCCAAUCCCGAGCCUCUUCCCUCUUGUCUGUUCUCAAAUCUCCUCUCAAGAAGAACUCCAAGGUUAUCAGCAUCUCGUCCCCGAUCAUGACUCCGAUGUCGGGCACUUUCCCCCGGCAGGAGGAAGAGGAAAUGAACGUAAUUUCCCCUCGCCAGUACACGCCAGCCUCGCCGCCUCCCGUCCCCGUGGACCAGGUUCCCUACCGGGCCCGUCGGCAGCACGGGUCCGUAGCACCCAUCACCCCGCCAGAUCUCUCGCCGGAAACCACACAGAGCAUCGACGAGCGGAUCGGUCACCUACGCAACAACUCGCAACACACGGAGCUGGACCCCGUGUCGGCCGUGUCGGAGCGCUCGACGGCGCCCCUGAUGGGCCUCCCCUCGUCGCCGAAGCCGGGGGUCAACCGGUUCCCGUCGCUGCCGUCGUCGCCGAAGCCCGGGUCGACGUUCGCGACGGCAACGCCGACAUCGCCGGGGCCGGGCCAGCAGUCAUUCUCGCGGCCGAACGCGCCGUCGGCGGUGCGGACGGGAGGCACGCUGCCGCUGCGGGCGUACGAGCCGGCGCUGAGCUCACCGUCGGCGCAGACGACGAAGCAGACGACGUUCGAGCGGGCGAUGCCGCUGUCGCCGUCGGGCCUCCGGACGCCGUGGACGGGCGCGCCGGUGCCGUACACGCCGUACCAGCCGUUCUCGCCGGUUGUGCCCAUCACGCCAUCGCUCGUGACCAAGUCGGACCGCAAGCGCAUGAAGCAGCUGAUGCCGAAGACGCCGACGGUGGAGAUGGUGAAGAGCAGCGAGGAGAUGUGGUGAGGUUAGGUUGGGUUAGACGGACGGCCUACGGGGCGCUCUUCCGACGCCA